AUGGGAACCGUUGACUCAUCCCCGGAUAAGGAGUUUGAGGCUGUCCAAGAUUCGCAGAUAUCCGAGUUUGAUUCUCCCUUGGUACCGACUAGUGCAAGGAACGUCUUCCGCGAUGACGAUGAUGAUGACGACGACGAUGACAAGGUACGGCCCAACUUUAUCGUUGAUACAGAGAACGAUAGUCUCAACAGUGACGAUGAUUUGUCAGACUUGGACGGUGGUUUACUUCUGCCUUGUGACAAACCAAAGCUUUCCGAUGACGUUGACCCGAUUUUGAAGAGAAGUAUGCUUUCCAAAAGAAAGGCUCCUAGUAAUGACGAAGACGAAGAUAUCUCCAGAACACCCAAGAAAUCUGUCAAUUACAUUCCUUUGAAGAAUUAUAACCUCGGAAAGAGUUUCGAUACCACGAUUAUUACCAAAAUUAUUAAGCUACAAGACUUGAACGACGAAAUCUCUAAAUCGCCCAGGAAAAGCACUAGUUUAGUGGUUACUAGUAAUACAGUAGCCAAAAGGGAGUUGCAAAAAAGCUUAAAGUUUUCUGGGACUGUUCCAGAGAUUUACCUGGAUUUGGUUACUAAAGAAACUAUAUCAGAUAAAUAUAAAGACUGGUAUUUUAUCUCUGAAAACUGUCACUACGAAGAGUUAACGGAUUUGGAGAUGAAAGAUAUGGACCAUUCAUUCCUGUUUGAUAACGGUGUAUUCCAAGGCAACGUACCUGAAUUCAUGCGCUCGAAAUGCCCCAAUAUUGCAAACUUGUUAGUUUUAUUUGGUAUCAGCGAAAAAAAAUCUCAAUCAUUAAAAAUUCAAUAUAAGGAGAAUGAGAACUGUAAAUAUGAUAAACUGUGCACCAUUUUCCCCACUGAAAAAAUGCUUAAAUUCCUGAUGUACUAUUAUAAGGGCGACGGUGAGGAAAGAGAAGUGUUUUUGAAAAGUUUUAUAUGUCUGAUUCUGGAUAAAAAUGUUUUCAAUUCCAUGGAAUUCGAGUUCAGGCUGUGUUAUAAAAUUUUGAAACUAUUUGACGAGACUCAUUUUAUAAAUUCGUAUUUAGAAAUUGUAUGCAAAGACGAUUUCUUCUUACAUUAUAGGCUAUUACAAAUUUUCCCCAUUUUACAAAAUGUACUACUGAGAAAAUUGUUUAACGAAGAGGAAGCCACAAGCGACACAACACGCCAAAAUCUGAUCGAUAAGUUCAAUGAAUUGUUUGACUAUAAAAAGUAUAAAAAUCUUUUGUAUUUUAUCUUAAUGAUGUAUGGUUCGAAAUUCAUUCCUUUUGGUCCCAAAUCACAAGUAACAGAAUAUUUCAGAGACUGUAUACUGGAUGUUUCUAAUGAGACAACAAAUGACGUUGAAAUUUCCAUUUUGAAGGGAAUAUUAAAUUUAUUUUCCAAGAUCAGAUGA